CUAUUAGGACAAAAGCUACAAUGGUGGAUUAUUGUCUCUGACACUUAACUCUCACUUCAAAGCUUCACACCGUCCAAUUCAUAACUCUUCCUUCUUUGAUUCUUUCCCAACCUAUACAUAAUACAUUCAUUCAUCACAUUUCCCCCAAAAUUCACAAUCUUUUCCCAUCCCAACCCUAAAUUCUCCAUCUUUCAAAUCCCAAACCCAAACCCUCAUAAGGGGUUUUAAACCUUUUCUUCAAAUUCAUCAUUUUCUCUCUCAGAUACCCAAUUUCCACCCCUACCCACAAAAAUUCAAACCAAAAGCUUAAACCUUUCUCAUCUGGGUACCACUAAACCCUCCAUCUUGUAAAGUUUGCUUUUUCAUCCGAUUCAUUUUCAAUAUGCACGCAAAAACUGAUUCUGAUGUCGCUAGUUUCGACCCAUCAUCACCUACAUCAACAAAACGAGCCGUUUAUUAUGUUCAGAGUCCUUCUAGAGACUCUCAUGAUGGUGACAAAUCUUCAACUAUGCAACCAAGUCCUAUGGAUUCACCUUCACAUCAAUCCUAUGUUAACCAUUCAAGAGCUUCUUCUUCGAGUAGAAUCUCUGGUGGGUAUAACUCUUCUUUCGGUAAGAAAGGGAAUAGAAAAGGUAAUGAUGAUAAAGGGUGGAUUCAAUCUAAGGUUAUAGAAGAAGAAGAUGGUGAUUUUUAUCAUGAGAGGAAUGGAGUUUCAAGGAGGUUUCAAUUCUUCAUUGCUAUUGUUGGGGUUCUGUUGGUUUUUGGUGUCUUUUGUUUCAUCAUUUGGGCUGCUAGCUUGCAUUACAAACCUCAACUCAGUGUUAAGAGUUUGACAGUACAUAACUUCUACUUCGGAGAAGGUUCAGACAUUACUGGAGUUCCAACUAAGAUGUUGACAGUGAAUUGUUCAAUGAGAAUGACAGUGCAUAACCCUGCAUCUUUUUUCGGCAUUCACGUCAGCUCCAAGUCGGUGAAUCUUAUGUAUUCUGAGGUCACAGUUGCAACUGGUGAAUUGAAGAAAUAUCAUCAACAGCGAAACAGUCGCAGGACAGUGUCUGUCAAUAUACAAGGAAGCAAGGUUCCAUUGUACGGCGCUGGUGCAAGCUUAGCUAGCUUGAUGGACACCGGUAACGUUACGACGACGCUUGUCUUUGAAGUUAAGUCGCGCGGAAAUGUUGUUGGGAAGUUGGUGAGGACUAAACACACUCAACAUGUGUCUUGCUCAGUAGCUAUUGACCCAAGCAACAACAAAUCCAUCAAAGUUAAAGAGAAUGAAUGUAAAUACACCUAAGAGGUUUUGGCCUAACAUUAGGUCCUCAACCAGUUUAUUGUGUGCUAUUAAUAAAAGUUUAUCUAUACUUGUGAGAGUGUGAAAGAGUUUAUGAAAAUAGCUUAUGAAAACAAUUUAUAGAUUAUAUAAAAAUAUUGACUAUUAUGUUUGAAUUAU